AUGUUUAGUUCGUUAAAAAAAUUAGCUGAAUUAUUUUGUGAUCAGCUUUUGUAUUUUCGCUUAUUAAUUGUUAUCAUACUCGUUUGCGUUCAUCGGUUAUUAUUACAAUAUGUUAUAAAAUUUCGUCAUUGUCCAAAUCCGUUUUGUUCACGAUGUCUCGACUCCGAUACGAUGAGAGAACGCAUAAUAAAAAUUUUAGAAAAUAAUGGUACUAACAGUUACAUAAAUAAUGUCGAUGAAAUAAAAGAAAGUAAGAAAGAAGUAGAUCAAUUAUAUACUCUUGUAUUAACAAAUCUCGUACAACACAAACGAUUAUUAUUGAAAAAUAUCGAACAGCCUACGAUUUAUUAUCAUCGUGGUCUCAGCAGUACACUGUAUAAUCACAUUGAGCACAAGGAUGUAUUAAAAACUUAUCUCGAUUGUAAAAUUUUACUCGAUCAAUAUGACAUGAUACUUCAGGAAUUUAUUAGAGUAUUACAACAUGACAAUGGCAAAUGGCAAAAUGAUUCAAUUCAAAAACGUUCACUUCUUUAUUUAUAUAAAAAUGGAGUUGAGCAUAAAACAAACUGUAAAUUAAUGCCAAAAACCUUUGAACUUUUACAAACAUUGCCAAAUGCUAUUAUAUCAAAUCAAGAUUGUCUCUUUGGAAAUUGUAUGAUUACUUGUUUAAACUCAGUAGUAUUACCAACGAAUGAACAAGAACACGGUAUUACAAGUUGUCGUAUACGCUGUCAUUUGGGUUUAAAAUGUACAAUUCAAGAUUCAGACAACAAACAAGUGUAUAUCCUCAUCAAUAAGCAUAAACGUUUGUCGUUAGAAAAUAGACAUAUGAUAGCUUACAACGAUUCGAUUAUGCAUCAAUACGUUAAUAAUACAAACUAUAAACAAUACGUAUUAACCGUUGAUUUAUGGCAUCCAGAUUUAUCAAGUUCAAUGAGAAAACAUCUGACAAAUAUUUUUCAUAGUAAAACAACUAUUUUAUAUAUGACAAAAUUAGGAGAGGUUGUAACAGAUAUACCAACAAUUGGAUUCAAUAUUGAGGCCAUAACCUUCAAGAAUAUUAAUAUAACAGCAUGGGAUGUUGGUGGAAGAAGCGGCAUGCGGCCAUUAUGGAGACAUUAUUAUCAAAAUACAAAAGCUCUUGUGUUUGUUGUUGACAGUCAUGAUCGUGACCGUGAGGAACAGGCGAAAGAUGAACUACAUCGAAUGAUUUCUGAAGAAGAUUUAAAAGAUCUUCCAUUGCUGGUAUUGGCAAACAAACAAGAUUUACCGAAUGCAAUGAGCAAAACGGAGUUAAUUGAAAAACUUGGACUAGAAAAAUUGAAUGGAAUAAGAAAAUGGCAUGUGCAGGAGACAGUCGCUACAAUGAAUCAAGGGAUAAAUGAAGGUUUCGAUUGGUUAGUAAGUGCAUGCACACCAGAAUUACCAACUGAUAACAUCAUGAAACCAAUCACUGAAACAGUGAAUGAUACACAAAUGAUAAAAAGUGAUCUAAUCAAUUCGUUUUGGAUGACAAUUAAACCGUUUCACACAUUGUUGAAUAAAGCAUUUUGA